AUGGAAACAAUGCCCGGGGGAAAACCCAAAUUCCCAUGCUUGUUACCUCCAUCGCUGCCUUUUUCCUCAACCAUGGCUGUCCUCCUGGUACUUUUCUACCUCUUUCUUGCUAACCCUGUUGAUGUCUCAGCUCAAGCCACCCCUGGUGCAGCUGCAAAACCUGGUUCCUUCACCCCACAAGACAACUAUCUUAUAGAUUGUGGUGCCUCCUCCAGAAGUACCCUUCCUGAUAGAAGGAUUUUUUUACCUGAUCAAGAAACGGGAAAUUUACUGUCCUCCAAGGGACGUGACAUCCAAGUCUCCGUGCCGUCGGCUGAUAAUGUUUCUCUUCCCAUCUAUCUAUCAGCCAGGAUAUUCGUAGAUGAAGCUACAUACACGUUUCAAAUUGCUAGAGCAGGUUGGCAUUGGAUCCGUCUUCAUUUCUUCCCGCUGGCUAAUAAUCAAUUUAAUUUGCAACAGGCAAAGUUCAAGGUCGUUACGGAUCAAUACGUUCUUGUGUACGAUUAUCACGUCAAUGACACCACGAGUCCUGUUGCCAGAGAGUAUCUGGUUAAUGUUACCACGGAGCGUUUCGAAAUCAAAUUUAUCCCCGAGAAAGGUUCUGCCGCUUUCAUUAAUGCCAUCGAACUUGUUUCUGCCCCGGACAUGUUGAUUGGAGAUGUUGGCUCAAACUUAUUCCCCGUGCAGCAAUUCUCUGGGCUAUCCCAAAUGGCUUACCAGAUUAUUUAUAGGCUCAAUGUCGGAGGUCCCCUCAUCACUUCACAGAAUGAUACCCUCGGACGAACAUGGUUAAAUGAUGAACCCUAUUUGAAGCCGCCUGCUGCAGGCAAGAGAGUGUCUGUUGCACCCAGUGUAAUCACUUAUCCCGACGGAGAGUCCCCCUUAAUCGCUCCACCUUCAGUUUAUGCAUCUGCUAUGGAAAUGUCGUCGGAUGCAGGCGUUGCCGCCCCAAAUUUUAACGUGAGUUGGAGCCUGGAAAUUGAUACUUCCUACUCCUACCUUGUUCGCUUGCAUUUCUGCGAUAUAGUGAGCAAAUCACCCAAUGAUCUCUACUUUAACGUGUACAUCAAUGGGAAGAUGGGAAUUUCGGGGUUAGAUUUGUCAACAGUAGCAAACGGUUUGGCAUCGGCUUAUUACAAGGACUUCCUUGUGAAUGCUUCCAUCCUGUCCAAUCCGCUCACUGUUCAGAUUGGUCCAAUGAAUCAGGACACUGGAUCUAAAAAUGCUAUUCUUAAUGGUCUUGAAGUCUUGAGAAUGAAUAACUCUGUUGGGAGUCUGGAUGGGGAAUAUGGCGUCGAUGGCCAAAAGGACAGUGGCCCAAACCGUGGCACCGUAGCUGCAGUUGGGUUUGCAAUGAUGUUUGGAGCAUUUGUAGGUUUGGGUGCAAUGGCAGUCAAGUGGCAAAAGAGGCCUCAAGAUUGGCAGAAAAGGAAUAGCUUUUCAUCCUGGUUGCUUCCGCUUCAUGCUGGAGAUGCAAGCUUUAUGUCCAGCAAGACGUCAUUGGGGUCUCGUAAGAGUCAAUUCUAUUCCUCGACAAUGGGAUUAGGUCGAUAUUUCUCCUUUGCGGAACUGCAGGAUGCUACCAAUAAUUGGGAUCCUAGUGCAAUUAUUGGUGUUGGUGGCUUUGGGAAUGUCUAUCUGGCGGAGAUUGACGAUGGAACCAAAGUUGCUGUGAAGAGAGGUAACCCACAAUCUGAACAGGGUAUUCACGAGUUCCAGACAGAAAUCCAGAUGUUGUCCAAGCUUAGACAUCGCCAUUUGGUGUCUUUGAUCGGAUACUGCGAUGAGAACUCAGAGAUGAUAUUGGUCUACGAGUACAUGUUAAACGGGCCUUUCAGGGACCAUUUGUAUGGAAAGAACUUACCAUCUCUAUCUUGGAAGCAGAGGCUUGAGAUAUGCAUUGGUGCUGCUCGUGGGCUUCAUUACCUCCAUACUGGUGCAGCUACAGGGAUCAUCCAUCGUGAUGUCAAAACCACCAACAUUUUGCUCGAUGAUGCUUUUGUUGCUAAGAUGGCUGAUUUUGGGCUAUCAAAAGAUGCACCUACAACAGAACAGACUCACGUUAGCACUGCUGUGAAAGGAAGCUUUGGCUACCUUGAUCCUGAGUACUUCAGGAAGCAGCAGCUCACGGACAAAUCAGAUGUGUACUCGUUUGGUGUGGUGUUGUUGGAGGCCUUGUGUGCCCGCCCUGCCAUUAACCCGGCAUUGCCAAGAGAACAAGUGAACCUGGCAGAAUGGGCCAUGCAAUGGAAGCGAAAGGGCUUGCUAGACAAGAUCAUUGAUCCAACACUUGCUAACCACAUUAAUCCCGAGUCGAUGAAGAAAUUUGCUGAAGCUGCAGAGAAAUGCUUGGCAGAAUAUGGUGUGGAUAGGCCCACUAUGGGCGAUGUCCUGUGGAACUUGGAAUAUGCAUUGCAGCUGCAAGAGGCCUCAUCGCAAGGAAAAGCUGAGGAAGAAAACAGGGCAGUUGCAGACUCUCCUGCUGUGGUUGCCCCAGCUCCUGCUCCUGCUCCAGCUCCUGCCUCUGAUAGCAGACCUAUUGCUUCACCCGAGCAAAGUCAAAACCCUGCCCAAGUCCAAGCCAUUGAUGAGCACUCAGGAACGGCAAUGUUUGCUCAAUUUGCUGCUCUCAACGGUCGAUAA